GGCGGCCGGCGCAGGCGCGCGAUGCCCCGCGACGAGAUGGCGGCGGCGUCGCUGAUCCAGCGGGUGGCCCGGCAGGCGCGGGCGACCUUCGGGGCGGGCGCGGGCGAGGCGCCGGGCGAGCUGCAGCGGCUGCGGGAGCUGCUGGGGCAGGUGCGCGCCGAGGAUCUGGGCCUGCAGCCGCGCGGCCCCUCGCCCGUGCCGGGACCCCGCCAGCCGCCCGUCAGCUACAUGCACAUCUGCGAGACGGCGCGCUUCAGCAUGGGCGUCUUCGUGCUGCGCGCCGGCGCCUGCAUCCCGCUCCACGACCACCCGGGCAUGCAGGGGCUGCUCAAGGUGCUCUACGGCACGCUGCGCAUCGCCUGCCUCGACGCCCCCGCCGGGGAGGAGACGGAGGAGGAGGAGGAAGAAGAGCCGCUGCCCGGCGGGAGGGAGCCGCAGGACCCCUCCAGCACCGCCGCCGCCGCCCGUCCCCGCCGCCUGCGGGCCCUGCUGCGCUCGCACCGCCUCUACACGGCCGCCGCGCCGCCCUGCCUGCUCUCCCCGCAGCGCGACAACCUGCACCAGAUCGCGGCCGAGGGCGGCCCCGCCGCCUUCCUCGACAUCCUGGCGCCGCCCUACGACCCGGCCCUCGGGCGCGACUGCCACUACUACCGGCUGCCCGACGGACAGAGCCUCCCGCCGCCGCCCGCCCCGCUCUGGCUGCUGGAGACGCCGCAGGCGACCGACUUCUGGUGCGGCGGGGAGCCCUACCCGGGCCCGCGCGUCUGUCCCUGAGCGGGCAGGGAGGGAGACCGGGCCAGGCGGAGCCCCGGCGGAGCCUCUCCCCUUCGACGGGCGGCGGGGCUGCCGGGGAAGACGCUGGGCCGGACUUUCUGCUGGGUUUAACGUCAGGACCGCCCCCCCCCAGGGGUCUGAACGGCGGACUGACUCCCCCCUUUUUACUCUCGGUCGAGUUAUUUUGCACAACUUGUAUUAAAAGAAGAGCAAAGAGCCUCGCUUCGAUGCCUCCUUCUUUAUCGGGCACGGCAUCCCUUUUGUGCUGGGGAGCACAAGGAAGAUCUGUGGAUCUGAAGACAGGCCCCGAAAGGACUCUCCAUCCUCUCACUUUCCUGAUUUGCUCUCUGAUUCCGCAAAGGAACAUUUCCGUUUUUCAAGUACUUUGAAAACUCAUGGAGGAAAACAGUACCGCUUCUGAAGCCAAUGUCCCUUUUAAUGGAUGAUUGCAGCACCGGAGGAGGGGCCGAGGAGGGGCUGUUCCUGAGGCCAGCUGCAAGGCUUCUGUCUUUAUAUUAUUCCAUGUCAGCUGUUUGCCUCCAUCAGUUGUGACUGUUAAGCUUUUGAAAGUUAAAAUUGUUCCUUUGUGGGCAGAAGAAAUACUAAUGUAGGCUGGCUAAACAGGAGCACCGUAGAUGAGGUGGGGAUUCAGCUUACAGUUUAAUACAGAUUGAGUUUCCUGGGGUCAUUCGGCCACUUUCAGCCAAUGGAGAGAAAUGUUUACAUUAAUAUAGCACAAAGAUUAGAUAAUAUUCAGUUUGGAAAACAA